GUGUCGCAAACUGUUGCAACUCGUAUGUAAAAUAAGAUUUAGACAGUAGGAGAGUGACAGAAGAGCCACGGACGAGUCCGCGAAUUUACGCAGCGACACGUGAAUUGUAUCGGGUGCGCGUGAAGUUUGACGCGAUUGCACGCCGUUUUUCGCCAAGCGAACAACUUAAAACCUGAAAGAUGCAGCGCCUGGGAGUUCAAACUAUCCGCACCGGCAGGACCCUCUUGCAGGGCAGCAGGCUGUACACCACCGCACCCGCGCAGGAGCAGGUGGUAUCUCCCGCCUUCAAGGUGCAGGAUCACAAAGAUUUUCACGAACGCGUGAUGAACUCCAAGGUGCCCGUCAUCGUGGACUUCUUUGCCACAUGGUGCAACCCUUGUCGCAUGCUGACUCCGAGGAUAGAAACGGUUGUCGCCGAAAAGCAGGGGAAGAUACUCUUAGCCAAAGUUGACAUUGACGAGAACACGGACCUCGCCCUUGAUUAUCACGUCGGGUCUGUGCCCGUGCUCAUUGCUAUGAAAGAUGGGAAGGUUCUAGAAAGAAUAGUCGGCCUCCAAGACACCGACAAGCUCAGGCAGUUCGUCAACAAGUAUACGGAGUAGCGUAGUUAAAAAUUAUUCUGUAAAUUACCUUUUAACGUGUCACUGUUUCUCGUUAAUCCUUGUAUAGAGAAUUUUUACAUAACGCUUCGGAAUCUGCAAUCUGCGUUUGUAGUAAAUUCUUAUAUAUUGAGUAAAUGUAUCCCGAUAAUUAUGUACAUGUAAUAUUGCGCAAAAUAAGAUUAGAUUUCUCUCAAUAAAUGCAGAUUUAAUAAAAGGUUCUUAUCAAUGAAA